CACUCAUUUUCACGUGAACUUACCCUGACAACAGUCAAUUUGUGUCUGCUUCAGUGGAGGUAAAUGAUGGCUAUCGCAAAGAAAGGCAUAAGACACCUCCGAAGGGAGCAAAAGCGGACCACCUGGACCCGAUUCCACCUGCGCCGUGGACAGGAUUGGCCAAAAUGGAUGACAGGCCGCUUGAAUAUUUAUCUCGGCCCUCUUGCAGACGUGACUGGUCGCGGGAAGGUCCGUCUAGGGAGAAAGGUUGAUGAUCCUGAGCAGGCUGCCUUGAUUGUCCUCUGGGAGUCUGCUGACGCCUUAAAGGACUUCCAGCAUUCGCCUCUGUGCAGCGAAUUUCUGCAGAGCCUAGGCUGUGAGAAUGAGAACGAAUCGCUUCUCAGCCUCCAGUGGGAUUCUGGCUUCUCCAUGGGCGAGAAUUUGGGCCAGGCCGAUGAUCUUCAUGGCCGGAUGACGCUCACGACCUUCAAUAUACCAUAUACGGGCGUCCCGGAUGCAAGGCAUGGCGCCGCGCUCUUGCCGACGCCUUCGGCGGCGGAGACCAUCCGUGGCCAGGCCGUAUGCUAUCAAUUUUUCCGCUUGAAUGGUAACGGUGCCAGCCCCGAGCGGGAAGAGGCCUCGGCCAGAGACCCGGGCGCGCACGAGUUGUGGGCUAAGACGGUGGCGAAGGCAAUGCCCCCAGUUGAGGCCUGGAAGCAAGAGCGUUGGGAUAUCGAGGAGGCGCCAUGCUGUCUUGAUUCCGAGACCGACGAGGGUGACUGA